CACUCCUUUUCAGUGGUUUGAUGUAUCACCGUUUUUUCUAAAGUUCGACAGCUAUUUUCUUUAACAUAUUUUAUUGUUUGGUCAAUCCAAGGAAUACCUUGAUCACGCCUUUAUACAGAGAAGAAAAGGCAAUAUGAAGGCGUACUGGGUGCCGUUAUAUCUUUGUCUGAUGGCGCAAGUAAUGAAACCAGGAACUAGUCAAGAGAUCUCUAACACGGAUUCGAUAUAUGUUUCCGGAAUUGGGAUUCAGUGUCAUAGCAACAACAUCCAAGUCACCAUAGCAACUGGUACUAACUUUAAUGGGAUGGUUUAUCCGAAGGGGCUGUCCAAGAAUUCCACCUGCAUGGUUGAAUAUUCAACUAGUGGAGGACAGGUUAUUUACACAUUACCUCUACACUCUUGUAAUACCAUGAAUACCGACGUGAGCGAUGGCGUGGAGUAUUUCAACACUGUUGUAGUCCAACCACAUCGAAAGCUGGUGACCAGUCAAGGUCGAGGUUACCAUGUCCGUUGUCGUUACCAGACGAAAGAGAAGAAUAUUGUUUCCAAUUUCAAUGUUAGCAUGCUAGGUACUACUCCCAUGUAUGCCACCGCUUCAAUGCCGACGUGUCACAUGAAAAUUUUUCAAGGAGAUCUCGAUCAUGCAUUUGUUGCUGAGAAUGUCAAAAUUGGUGAUCAGCUCACGCUCAUAAUUAACAUCGAUGUUCAAGAUAUCUAUGGCAUGAAGGUGACAAACUGCUUAGUUCGGGACGGACUAAACUGGGGAGAACAACCUUUAAUCAACAACGAUGGGUGUCCAGUGGACCUCGAAAUAAUGGGUCCUUUUGACUACACCCUGAACAAGACCCGAGCGAUAGUGACCUUCAAAGCUCAUAAAUUCCCCUACACUUCCUCCGUCUACUAUCAAUGUAACGUGAAGUUGUGCUUGAAGGAGAGUGGAGGCUGUGAUGAUGUGCCACCUAAGUGUGAUGCCUGGGGAGGAAACUUAUUGAAACGUCGAAGAAAGAGAGAGAGUGGUGUGGAAGAGAAAGGUAAUCUGGAAGACUUGAAACAGGAGGAACGGGACGUGCGAGACCUCAGCAUUGAUGUCUACUCCGGUCUGUACGUCAACGAGGUUGACAACUUGGACAAAAAUGACGAAACUAGAGUAGCAGCGCAGCCGUCGAUAGCAGAGGACGAGUUUUGUGUAUCCACCAGAAAGUUCGCUAUUGGAAUUGCUAUUGCUGGAGUCUUCUUAAUGUUAGCCAUUAUGUUGUUGGUGGCCUGUAUCCUUCAUCGCCGUCGCAGGAGAAAAGGGGUUAGCACGGCCGGUAGUUCCAUAUACUCUGGACCGUACUCUAACGCCGCUUACAGCAGAGACUAAUUCUGAACAGCUGCAGGACAGCUUCAUCAUUGUUUACCCUUUUUAAAUGGGCAUGAACAGAGAGCAAUGCAUCUUGGGACUAAAACAUGCUAGAAUAAGGUACUUUAUGAAGUGUUAACAUUUUUCUGUUCUAAUUAUUACAUUUCAGGGUCAUCUGUAGGCAGGUAUUUUUCCAUCUUUUUAAAAUAUUUGUGGUUUUAAGAAUCAUUUUAAA